UCUCUCCCCCACCUCCCUCCAAAAGGGAAACGAGACGAAGCUCCAUGUUUAUCAAUGUGAACGUUUCCAAUUCUUGAAGCUGCCCAGUCGAACAUGGCUGCGACAUUAGCUCUUACCUGUUCUUGCAAGGCCAUCGAUCAUCAGAAUCCCUCACCAAGAAGAGCAAAAGGUUCCAACACAAUCCAGAAACGUGACCCCACCAUCAAGCAAAGAGCCUCCGAACCAGCUCGUAUCAAAAAAUAUCAAGCGAAGACAGUAAAAACUUCGAAUAGAUCACAAGAGUUGUCACUCAUACAUGCGCUUUGUUCAUACGUGGAUUAUGGGUCUAUGAAACAUGCACUCAAUCUGUUUGAGAAUAUGGAUAAAUCAGAUAGCUUUGUUUGGAAUGUGAUAAUCAGGGGAUUGACUAAUAAUGGGUUUUUUCAAGAAGCGAUUGAUUUCUAUGAUCGAAUGCAAUUUUCUGGUGUUCAUCCCGACAAUUUCACUUUCCCAUUUGUGAUAAAAGCGUGUGGCGAGUCAUUGGCAUAUGUGGAAGGCAUGAAAGUUCACUCGAAGCUGCUCAAAGUUGGAUUGGAUUUGGAUCUUUAUAUUUGUAAUUCUCUUAUCAUAAUGUAUGCAAAGCUUGGGUAUAUUCAGCUUUCUGAGAGAGUGUUUGGGGAGAUGGGUAUUAGGGACUUGGUUUCAUGGAAUUCAUUGAUAAGUGCGUAUGUUUUGGUUGGUGACGGUUGGAGCUCACUUAUGUGUAUGCAGGAAAUGCAGGCAUUUGGAGUGAGAACUGACAGAUUCACAAUGAUAGGUGCUCUUGGCGCUUGUACCCUUGAGUGUUCUUUGCUCUGUGGAAAGGAAAUCCACGGGCAAGUGAUCAGGAGGGGAUUUGAAUUGGAUUCCAUGGUUCAGACAUCACUGAUCAAUAUGUAUGGAAAAUGUGGUGUAGUGAAUUAUGCAGAGAGGUUGUUUGAGGGGAUCUCUCAGAAAAGCAUUGUUGUUUGGAAUACUAUGGUUGGAGGGUAUGCUCAAAAUGGGCUGCCACUUGAGUCAUUUGCCUGCUUGGAAAAAAUGCGCUACAGUGAUAGCUUUGAGUUUGAUGAGAUCACAAUGAUAAACUUGCUCCCUGCUUGUGCACAGUUGGGGGCAAUCUUGCAUGGUAAAUCAAUCCAUGCUCUCACCAUUAGAAAAGGGUUUCUUCCUCAUUGUGUACUGGAGACUGCUCUAAUUGACAUGUAUGGAACAUGUGGGGAGAUGAAACCUUCUGAACGCAUAUUUGCUCGAAUGAGGGAUCGAAAUCUGAUAUCAUGGAAUGCCAUGAUUGCUGCUUAUGUGCAUAAUGGGCAGAAUAGAGUAGCCUUGGAAGUAUUCCAGGACCUUUGGAAUGAGCCUCUCGAACCAGAUGCCAUGACAAUCACAAGCGUUCUACCUGCCUAUGCUGAGAUAGCCUUGCUGAGGGAGGGAAAGCAAAUCCACACUUACAUCAUAAAAGUUCAACUGAGUUCCAACACCUUCAUCAUGAAUUCAAUUGUGUACAUGUAUGCAAAGUGUGGGGAUCUCCGGGCUGGACGGGAAAUAUUUGAUGGGAUAUUGUUUAAAGAUGUUAUUUCGUGGAACACAAUCAUUAUGGCAUAUGCCAUUCAUGGAAUGGGGUCAAUUUCUAUUGAAUUGUUCUCUGAGAUGAGGGAGAAGGACAUUAAACCUAAUUUCAGUACCUUUGUGUCCCUUUUAUCAGCCUGUAGCAUUGCUGGCAUGAUGGAUGAAGGAUGGGAAUACUUCAAUUCUAUGAGAAGUGGCUAUGGAGUUGAUCCAGGAAUAGAGCACUAUGGUUGUAUGCUUGAUCUUCUUGGUCGCACUGGAAAUCUUGACCAAGCUAAGUGUUUUAUUGAUGAAUUGCCAUUGACUUCGACUGCCAGAAUAUGGGGUUCUCUCCUUGCUGCAAGUAGGCACCACAGAAACAUAGAGCUGGCUGAACUUGCAGCUUGUCAUAUUUCAUCCUUGGAACAUGAUAAUACUGGAUGCUAUGUCUUGCUUUCUAAUAUGUAUGCCGAAGUUGGGAGAUGGGAAGACAUAGAACGGAUUAAAUUUCUUAUGAGGAACCAAAGGUUAGAGAAAAUCACUGGAUGCAGCAUACUGGAAACCAACAAUAGGACUUACAGAUUCACCAAUCACGAUAGGUCCCAUGUCGAUUCGAAUGUGAUAUAUGAGGUGUUAGACAUUAUUUUGAGGAAGAUAGGGGAAGAACUAUGUUCUUAUGAAGUCUCCAAAACCAAACCACCAGAUUUGGCAAGAAGAAGAGCAAACUCGACAAAGUACCACAGUGUGAGAUUAGCAAUUUGUUACGGGUUGAUUUCCACAUCCCUUGGAAACCCUAUUCUUGUAAGGAAGAAUACUAGAAUCUGUGAGAAGUGCCAUAGUGCUGCAAAGAAGAUUUCAGAAUUUACUAACAGAGAGAUAGUAGUGGGAGAUUCGAAGAUAUAUCAUCACUUCAGGGAUGGGCAUUGUUCAUGUGGAGAUUACUGGUGACUAUAAUUAAUACACAAUGAUGAAAACCAUCCAG